GCCAUUGCAGGGUAGAACAUCUAAGUACAGUACAAAUCUGUGGACACUCGGUUAGUCAACUGCGUUUAUAAACGUAACAAUACAUAUAAGACACGUUCGAUCGACUGUCGUCAAUAUAUUGAUUUGUGAUUGUAAAUCGUCGAUUAGGAAGACACGUUAAGAAGAUCGCGAAGAUCGUCCUCGUAGUAUAUUCACCAAGCCCGAUUGCCCUUGUGUUGGCAGAUCUUAUCGAGUUUGGUACGACAUGACGUAAAUCUUGUUAUUCGGAAAUUCGUCAGGACUCAUUAUGCCUUCGAGCGACUCGGCCGGUCGCUCACGCGUUGACAGGUCAACGAGUCCUUUACCAAGAAAACCAGCAAAUCCUGUUCAGGAACUGAAGGCGCUAUUUGCCGAACCACCAUUGAGGUACACGAAUAGCGACAAGGAGCAGGACUUCCGGUUGAAGGAUAUUCAGAGUCUUCAAACAGUGGAAACGAAAAAUAGUGAAGAACUGCCUGACCGGGGAAGUUGGAGCAGUAAGGUCGAGUUCAUACUUUCCGUUGUGGGGUUAGCCAUUGGCUUAGGAAAUCUAUGGCGCUUUCCGUAUCUAUGUUACAAGAACGGUGGCGGUGCGUUUAUGGUGCCUUAUUUCAUUGCUCUAGCACUUGCCGGAAUACCAAUGUUUUUUAUGGAAUUAGCUCUGGGACAGAUGAUGACCAUAGGUGGUCUGGGAGUCUUUAAGAUAGCUCCGAUAUUCAAAGGCAUUGGCUAUGCUACGUGCGUACUAUCGUGCUGGACGAACGUAUACUACAUAAUAAUUCUAGCAUGGGCACUCUUCUACUUCUUAGUUUCACUUCGUGCCGACAUUCCAUGGAGAACUUGUGAUAAUCCAUGGAACACCAGAUACUGCAUUACACCUUCGGAAAGAUUAAACGCAGUUUGCUGGUUCGACGGACUGGAGACAGUAUGUUCCACAUCUGUGGGAAAUUUGAGUCAAGUCCUACUUAAAGAUCCUGUCAAAGAAUUUUGGGAGAGGCGCACUCUUCAGAUUUCUAGCGGAGUCGAAGACGUUGGUGGUAUACGAUGGGAAUUAGCUGGCACUCUUGCUAUUGUGUGGAUAAUGUGUUACUUUUGUAUUUGGAAAGGAGUGAAGUGGACAGGAAAAGUUGUUUACUUCACGUCCUUAUUCCCAUAUGCUCUUCUAGCCGUUUUAUUAGUCAGGGGUCUGACACUUCCUGGAGCAAUGGAAGGAUUGAGGUAUUACGCUACACCGAAUUUGUCAAAACUCGGUGAUCCUGAGGUGUGGAUUGAUGCUGUGACCCAAAUUUUUUUCUCUUACGCUCUGGGCCUUGGUGCUCUGGUUGCUCUUGGCAGCUACAACAAAUUUAAUAACAACGUUUACAAAGAUGCCCUUAUCGUGUGUACAAUUAAUUCCGGUACCAGUAUGCUGAGUGGAGUUGUCAUAUUCUCCGUCGUUGGAUUUAUGGCGCACGAGCAACAGAAGCCUGUUGCUGACGUUGCUGCUUCCGGUCCGGGAUUAGCAUUUUUAGUUUAUCCUUCAGCUGUUCUUCAACUUCCGGGUGCACCAAUAUGGUCGUGUCUUUUCUUCUUUAUGUUGCUUCUUAUUGGACUGGACAGUCAAUUUUGCACGGUCGAAGGUUUUAUAACAGCAGCAGUAGACGAAUGGCCACAGCUCUUAAGAAAGCGGAAGGAAAUUUUCAUUGCCAUUGUCUGCUUCUUGUCUUUUCUCGUCGGUCUAUUGUGUGUGACAGAUGGUGGCAUGUACGUCUUUCAACUGCUGGAUUCUUACGCGGUUAGUGGAUUUUGUCUUCUUUUCUUAAUGUUUUUUGAAUGUAUUGCUGUUUCAUGGGCUUUUGGAGUAAAUCGAUUUUAUGAUGGUAUCCGUGAUAUGAUCGGCUACUAUCCAUGUUUCUGGUGGAAAAUAUGUUGGACAUUUACAACACCCGCUAUAUGCAUAGGUGUUUUCAUAUUUAAUAUUAUUAAAUUCGUACCUGUCAAAUAUCUCACGUAUGAAUAUCCCUGGUGGAGUCAUGUAUUGGGAUGGCUCUGCGGUUUGUCAUCAAUGAUGUGUAUUCCUGGCUAUAUGAUUUAUAUCUGGUGUGUUACGCCUGGAAGUGCGUCAGAGAAAUACCGAAAGUUAGUGAAAAUAGAAGACGAUAUUGCGACGUUACGGAAAAAACUAAAUCCGACUAAGGCUGCUACGAUUAAAGAAUUUGAAUUUUAGCUUAAAGCAUAUCAUGAAUUUUAUGACGUGUAUUAUUGACGGUAUUAUGUGUUGAAGAAUGAAAGAGUAGGAAUGUGUUUUCAUGUUGAUUUAGAAUUCAAGGCAUAGAGAGUAUGUUCAAUAUUAUAUUACUAUAUACACAAUACAAGUAGUAUAUAGAUAUGCAAAAGCAUUACAUACGAGUUAGAGAUGAGUGAUGUGGAAAUGACAGAUUUGAUGCAAAUAACUUUAUUCUUAAACAAAUAAAUAAUCUUAUACAUCUUUCCUAAUAAUAUUAUCGAAAAUAAUGCAUACUAUAUAUGUAUGAUGUUGUAAAAUGUUAUUAAUGCAUAAUAUUUUGUUAUGAACUAUAA